AUGUCUUCCUGUGUCAUAGUUCAUUCGCUAGCGGAAACAACACGGGGAUCAGUGCAACCGGGUGUCCACCUUAUCGCCUACGAUUUCGACACAAAUCCUAGGACUUUACAAGAUUCCAUCCAAGCCACGACAAGCAGAAGCUCGGUGCGCAACUGUGGCCUGAAUAUUCAGUGUGCCGAUGGGCGAUUGGCGCUUACAAAUGAUCCGAAUACAGUUGUUGAUACAAAAGGCGUUCUCCGACGUGGCUCUCCUUCACGUCGUUUUUUCGCGUGGUUGAUCGGUGAACGUCUAGCCGAUGGAUCGUUUCUCGAUUUUUUCUUGAUAAAACCGAUCGAAAAUUGUGCCCAACUUGGCGUCAUCCUUCAAACGUUGACAGGGAAAAAGGUGUCAGUCCGUUUCAUUCCGCGAUUCACCGCCACAGAUUUACAGCCGCACAAUAGACGAAUCGUCGCCGUUUACUUCAAACUGACCUCUUCGUCAUCGUCAUUGAGAGAGGGUGGUGGUGGGAGAAGUGGAGUUGAGGCCGAACUCUCGAGAGUCCCUUCCGCCAUCGCCAACUAUGAGAGGAUACGGGUUGUCGGGAAAGGUGCUUUCGGAGCAGCGGUGCUGUAUCGAAGACGAGAGGACGAGUCACUAGUCAUUAUCAAAGAAAUCUCAAUGCAUCAGUUGGCCGCGACAGAAAGGCAAUUAGCGAAGAACGAGGUUGACGUGCUUGCUCGCCUCGAGCACCCACACAUUGUCAGCUAUUUCGACUCGUUUGAGGAAGAUGGGCUACUCUUGAUCGAGAUGGAGUACGCUGAUGGAGGAACUCUUGCCCAAUUUCUUUCGGCGUGCACGGAUUUUGUCGGCGAGGACACAGUGACCGCACUGUUCGAGCAAAUUUUCUCCGCUGUUGCCUAUUUGCAUGAAAAUAAAGUACUACACAGAGAUCUAAAGACGGCUAAUAUCUUUUUGACACAAGAUGGCGAUGUAAAGAUUGGAGAUUUUGGGAUCAGCAAAUUGAUGGGCGCUGAAACGUUAUCAAAGGGCGCGACAACCCUCGUCGGCACACCGCACUACCUGAGCCCAGAGAUGGUAAUCUUU